UUGACGUUCAACUGGUGGUAGCAAGGUCUGUAGAAGUCUUUACGGUUGGCAGUAUGUAUUUCAUCUCAUUAUUUUCACACUCUGACAGAUUACCAUAGACAAAUACAAAUGUUGCCUAAUCUGCAGUCAUGUCACUAAUCCAGAGAUUACAGAAAUCAUGAUGUCCAGCCAUAAUCCAUCUUUGCUGUGAAUGCGUUUCCUUUCCUUCCCAAAAAGUGAGGUUUAUCCCUAUUUAUAGAUUUUGUAUAAAUUUUGUGUGUCACUUAUAGUUUUCUGUUUGUGAUAAAUCGUAGGCAACUUAAGGAGAAGAUGUCUUCAGGAAGACCAAUCAAGUGCGUGGUUGUCGGUGAUGGCACUGUCGGAAAGACGUGCAUGCUUAUAUCGUACACCACAGACAGUUUUCCUGGUGAAUAUGUACCCACAGUAUUUGACAACUAUUCAGCACCAAUGGUGGUGGACGGAGUAGCAGUCUCUCUAGGCCUGUGGGACACAGCGGGGCAAGAGGAUUAUGACAGACUUAGGCCUUUAAGCUACCCACAGACUGAUGUCUUCCUCAUAUGCUUUAGUGUCACAAGCCCGUCAUCAUACGAAAAUGUUACUUCCAAAUGGUAUCCAGAAAUUAAACACCACUGCCCUGACGCACCUAUUAUUUUAGUUGGGACAAAGAUCGACUUGCGAGAUGACCGCGAGACACUCAGCCUGCUGUCCGAGCAGGGCAUGUCACCGCUAAAGCGAGAACAGGGACAGAAGCUGGCGAACAAAAUUAGGGCCGUCAAGUACAUGGAGUGCUCGGCGCUAACGCAACGCGGGCUCAAACAGGUGUUCGACGAGGCCGUGCGCGCGGUGCUGCGGCCGGAGCCUCAGAAGAGGCAUCAGCGGAAAUGUCUCAUCAUGUAAAUAUGCCAAGACAGCACUGAACGUGACAGCAGUUGAAUCUCCAACAGUAAUAAUCUGUUUCUACACCGGUCACUUGCUCACAAUCCGUUAUAUCGUUGCUCAUACCUGAAUACUCUCUUAGCUGGUAAAUUAACUGCAAAUCUCAAAAUGCUCUCUCGAAUAGGCGCUUCCUUCUCAGAUUAACAAAUGGCGGCCAUUAAAUUUUUUAUAUAAAUAGAACAAUCGCGAUCAAAAUCUAUCUCUAGAUCCAGAUUGCUUACGAAUAUGAAUGAAUCAGUAUUCAAAACUUGAAAAAGAAACAGCCGUUUAGAUUUUAUUUAUUAGACUGAUUUUGUUCGCAAACGAUAUUUCAUGCUCCAAUUCAGCAAUUAACAUUUAGUUUUCCUGCCUCUCUUUUGAAAAAUCUUUAUUUAAAAAGUGGCUUAGUGAUAUCUUGUAUAUUACUAAAUUAAAAAUUCCGUAUACUUACCAAAUAUGUCAAAUGCUUCCUUCGGCAAUUUCUUUGAAAUUGUAUCAGUACCGCUCCCUUUUAAAUGUGCCAUAGACAACAUUCAACUUUUUUAUGCAUGUGAUAUUCAGAUCAUCACAAUUUAUAUAUUGCUGUAGAAAGCAAAUGGUUAUGCCAAAGAUUUAUGAAUAGAUAUAAGUGUCAGUAAAUAUGUGUAGAUAUUAUUGUAAAGAAUCUCCAGCGGUUAGAAACAAAUUGUUACUGUUAAGAAUAAAAUGAAUACUAUUAUUUUUGUACAUGCAACCUCGAUAGGAAGCUUUUGAGAUAUAUUCUUAUGCGACUUCCGAACAAGGACUGACCUUAGACGCUAGUUAUAUUGACAUACUCAAUAUGUUCAAUAAUUUAGUUGCGAAAA